AGUUCCACUCCCCAUCUAAAUGAAAAAGUUCAAAAUCCGUAAUUUUCUUCUUCAUUUCUCUCUUUACGAGCCCCCUGCCCCCGAUAUCUCGCCCCUCACAAAAUCUCACGCCCCCCACAAAGAUCCGUCGUCUGCCGUCUAAUCCGUCGUCCACCGCUUAGUUUCAGCGUCCCCCGCUCUAGAUCAUUCUCUGCGUUUCAUUUAAGUUAUAAUUAAUAAGAUAAAUUAUGAAUUAAAUAUGUGUUAUCACAUUAUCGAAGUGGGUUAUUGGUUUUGAGGAAAUUGAAAUCUUUCACAGUAUUUUCUGGAGAUUUCGAAGCUCCUAAUGAUGAUAGAGGUGGGUACUAUGCAUGAACUGUUUUGACCCUCCUAUAAGGUGAUCUUUCUUUGUGGAUCUGAUUUGCAGAUAACUUUUGGUGAUCUAUUCCAAAAGGGGGCCAUGGAUUAUGGGAGUAGCAACCCGGAAGCCAGGCAAGUAAUUCCACUUAAUCGAGCAAGAAGUUUAGGCCCUUCAUUUAGAAGAAACUCAUUUAACUCUUCUGGUUCCGGCUAUCAACCUCCUCAAACUGGUCAUGAUGCUGAAACCGAGAGUGUUUCAGAGGCAGGAGACAUAGGGGACCGUGCUCUUUGCAGCAACAGAAUAAGUGAUAGUGAGCGCUUUAGCUUGUCUCUUGAUCGUGCUUUAGAGAAUGGUGCAAUUGCACCCAUGCCAGAGAAUAUCUUUUUGCAAUCCCAUGGAUUUAGAGGCUGUGAGUCUGCAACAGUUGAUGAUACUACUGUUUCUUCUGUGCCGUCUUCGGGAGAGCAAAAUGUGUCCUCUCUUCCAACUUGUCGUCCCAUUGUUCAUUCUGAAGACACAAAGCAAGAAAACAACAGGAAGCUGUCAAAGCUGUUGGAGUAUGUAACCUGCCUUGUUCAUCUUGCUGUUUUUGGAAUUCUUGGGGUCUUGACUAGGUAUGGACUACAAAAGUUGUUCGGUCCAGAAAAUGCAAAUGUGACUAGCAACGAUACGAUUCUGUAUCCUGAUCUUCCUUCCAAUAUGGUGGGAUCGUUCUUGAUGGGAUGGUGGGGUGUGGUAUUCAAAGGAGACAUAUCCGAGAUUUCAGAUUAUCUAGCCAUUGGACUAACAACCGGUUACUUGGGGAGCCUAACAACAUUCAGUGGAUGGAAUCAGAAAAUGUUGGAUCUCAGUGUCGAUGGCCAUUGGCUCUUUGCAAUCCUUGGUUUCCUCAUAGGCUUGUUUCUUGUGGCCUACUCCAUAAUCUUUGGAAUAGAGACAGCAAAGGGCUUUCGACGGAUUCUGAGAAGACAAAAAAUAAGCUACAGCUGGUGCUGCAAAGUGGACAGUUACAAGCGCCAUAUAGUAGCAAUGGUGGUGUUUUUCCUCAUACUAAUUCUACUAUGGAGCGUGAGUGGGAGUCUGCUAGAUAAAGAUUUCAGCAGGGGCAAGGGGGCGGAGUUGUGGGUGGGUUGUCUGGUGGGGCCAGUGGGAGUGUGGGUACGGUGGUUCUUGGCCAGGUUGAAUGGGCGUGGAGUGGGGCGGUGGAAAUGGGUGCCGUUUGGGACUCUGAUAGCAAAUGUUUCAGCAGCUUGUGUGAUGGCGGCUCUGGCGACAGUGAAGAAAGCGGUGCAAAUGGAGAGGGUGGAGAUGGUGGCAAGUGGGCUGCAGCUAGGACUAUUGGGUUGUUUGAGUACAGUGUCAACUUUUGCUGCGGAGUUCAAUGCAAUGAGACUUAGUGAGGAGCCAUGGACAGCGUACGUGUAUGCGACCCUCACGAUGGCUAUUUCCUUUGGAUUUGGCAUCUUGAUUUACUCUGUACCCGUCUGGGUCAAGGGACUCAAUGAGUAAUGGGAAUGAAAUGGAAGGCAAAUGAUCGACUCUGAUACAUUUUCUAGUGGUGGUUUUGUGUUUAGUAGCUUUUGGGUUCUCCAUUGCUGCCGAGAGAUAAUAAGUGCGGUAAUGAGAACCAACCCCCCACCCAUAACUUUUUCCCUUUACUCUUUCAAUUGUUGGUGCUUUUCUGAAUGUUGGGGUUUAUGAGCUGCAAAUGUUGAUGCAUGUUCCUUGAAUUCUGUUGGGAUUUUCUUUCGGGCUUCUUGCUUCUUUGUGAUCCUUGUUAUAAGAUAUUGGCUGUUCUGUUUGUUAAUCUGUUUUAUUAUUCUGUAUUUGUUAAAGUGGGGAGUUUCUAUAAAUACUCACUAAUUGUACAUUUCAUAAAGAAUGAAAAUAAUACACCUUCACUGAGAUAAUGUGAAAGAUUUCAAUCUGAAUUUGCUCUUGAAAUCUUUGAAAAUGCA